AGCAACGCAGAAGUCAGCGAUCAGAAACCUGAAUCUUCAAGCCUUGGUUCAAACCUUCCCAUGUCCAGUGAGAUUAUGACAUGCACUGAUUAUAUCCCAAGGUCAUCAAAUGAUUAUACCUCACAAAUGUAUUCUGCAAAGCCAUAUGCACAUAUACUUUCUGUACCUGUAUCGGAAACAAUGAGCCCUUACCCUGGUCAGACUCAGUACCAAGCACUACAGCAGUCUCAGCCCUACACCAUCUACCCCCAGACUACCCAAACCUAUGGACUACCUCCUUUUGGUGCACUGUGGCCAGGUAUGAAACCUGAAAGUGGUUUAAUUCAGACUCCAUCUACAAGUCAGCACAGUGUUCUUACCUGCACUACAGGGUUAACCACAAGCCAGCCCAGCCCAGCACAAUUUUCUUAUUCCAUUGAAGCAUCAACUACCAAUGCCAGUCCAGUCUCUACAUCCUCAACUGUUGUCAAUAUUUCCACAUCAGCAGUAGCCAGCAUCUCACAGGAAUACCCUACGUACACGAUCCUUGGGCAAAGUCAGUACCAGACGUGUUACCCAAGUUCUGGCUUUGGAGUUGUAACACCAGCAGACAGCAACACAGAGAGUACUGCAUUAGCAACAACUACGUAUCCAACCGAGAAACCAAAUGCCAUGGUACCUACGCGGACAGUACAGAGACAUUCCUCCGGAGAUGCAUCUACAAGUCCUUCAUUAUCAAGAGCAACAGCAAGUAAAGAGUUAGAUGAGCAAGCAAGAAAAAACAUCCCUGGGAAGAACAGGGGGAAGAGGAAAGCAGAUACUUCAUCCUCACAGGACAGUGAACUGGAGCGAGUGUUUCUCUGGGACCUGGAUGAGACCAUCAUAAUCUUCCAUUCACUUCUCACAGGGUCUUACGCUCAAAAAUAUGGCAAGGAUCCAACUCUGGUGAUUGGCUCAGGUCUGUCAAUGGAGGAGAUGAUUUUUGAAGUAGCUGAUACUCACUUGUUUUUCAAUGACUUGGAGGAGUGUGACCAGGUACACAUAGAAGAUGUGGCAUCUGAUGACAAUGGCCAAGAUUUAAGCAACUACAAUUUCUCCACGGAUGGCUUCAGUGGCUCAGGAAGUAACACAAAUCACAGUUCGUCGGUUGGUGUCCAGGGUGGAGUGGACUGGAUGAGAAAACUGGCCUUCCGCUACCGCAGGGUACGAGAGAUCUACGAUAAAUACAAAACUAACGUUGGAGGCCUUCUUAGCCCGCAGAAGAGGGAAGCUCUGCAGCGACUAAGGACUGAUAUAGAAGUGCUAACAGAUUCCUGGCUGGAAACUGCAUUAAAGUCCCUGCUACUCAUACAGUCCAGAAAAAACUGUGUGAACAUCCUGAUCACAACCACCCAACUGGUGCCAGCUCUUGCCAAAGUUCUCCUGUAUGGAUUGGGCGAGGUGUUUCCAAUCGAAAACAUUUAUAGUGCUACAAAAAUAGGUAAAGAGAGCUGUUUUGAGAGGAUCGUGUCACGAUUUGGAAAGAAAGUCACCUAUGUUGUAAUUGGAGAUGGGCGUGACGAAGAGGUUGCAGCUAAGCAGCACAACAUGCCUUUCUGGAGGAUCACAAAUCACGCAGACCUUGUGUCCCUUCACCAAGCCCUCGAGUUAGACUUCCUGUAAGAAGUUGGAGCAAAGGCGUGACUGCAGCUCCUGCAAACCCUCUCCAUCACAGAAAUCUCAUACAUUUGGGGACUCACUUUUCAGCUUGAUGAAGAAAACAUAAUGCAAACUGUACAGUAGAACAUGACACCAGGUCAUUUCCUCAGGAGCACAGGCCCUGCCAAGUACAAAGGUGUCCUAUAAAGAAGCACUAGACUCAGUGGAGCUAGAGCUUGUCUGAAGAAGAGACUUACAGAAGCCAGCUGAAUUCCUCUAGCAGGUAGUCUCCAGAGGGAGGGUGUGAUACAGCAGCGGAAGUAUUUGUAAGAGCCUUCUCCUUUCUAUUCAGCUUAGUUGUAGAAUCCAAGUAAACACAAAACCUUAUUUUUAUAGAAAAAUACUGGUGGCAGAGCUGAAUCUCCCUUGUUUCGCAAAGCCAAAAAGAGCUAU